AUGGACGAAAGUAGCCAGCAACCGCCAAAGGCUUUACAUGCAUCCCUAGCCUAUGGCACGAGCUUUCUCAUAUUGAUACAAGUGGUAUCACGGUUUCUCACAUUUGCUUCGAAUCAGCUGGUGCUACGACACUUGUCUCCAGAAGUUUUUGGUGUUGCCACUCAGUUGGAACUCUAUUACAUCACGGUGCUAUACUUUUCCAGAGAGAGUGUGCGAGCUGCGAUUCAACGACAACCUGUCUCAAGUGCUUCUGCAGGUUCUAAUGAGCAGAAAACGGACGAACUAGCGGCAACUGGAAAAGCCGACUUCAAAAAUGGCCAAAAUGAUGCUACAUCAUCGCAAACAGUCAUCAAUAUGGCAUACAUUGCAAUAGCCCUUGGUCUACCACUGUCCGGGCUUUUCGCCUUCUGGUAUCAGUCAUGGACAACCCAAGAAGUUCUCUCAACCCCUUAUUUCCAGGAAAGCCUACGUGUUGUCGGCUUAUCCUGUAUGAUAGAGCUGGCUACAGAACCCUUCUUUGCAGUAGUUCAGCAGCGAAUGCUAUACAAGGAAAGAGCAGUUGUUGAGACAACCGCAGCUUUUGCAAGGAGCAUAGCCACUUAUGCUAUUGCUAUCUGGGCUGCAAGAGGCGGUUGGGAUGCGGGAGUCUUGCCUUUCGCGAUGGGGUACAUCGCAUACGCAGCUGCUCUGAUCUGUGGAUACUACUGGAAAAUGCUGGCAACAUCCCCGAAGCGUAACUAUUCGUUUUGGCUUAUACCAAUUCAUUCAAGAAAUCCGGGACAGUAUAUUGCAGACAGAUUUUCACGUAUUUUGCUCUGGCUAGGUGCCAAUUUAUAUCUUCAAUUGAUUGUCAAACACUUCCUUACGCAAGGGGAUUCCAUGAUCCUUGCUACUUUCUCGACCCUACGGGAUCAAGGCAUAUAUUCAUUCGCUGCAAAUUACGGCGGUCUUGUUGCGCGCAUGGUCUUCCAACCCAUCGAAGAGAGCAGUCGAAAUCUAUGGUCCAAGCAGCUAAACACUGUAAACAGAGACAAACAAGAACAUAUAUCGCAGAUCGAAGCUGCAAAAUCACACUUGAUUGAUAUGUUACGGGCAUACGCAAUCCUAGCUGUACUGGCCUUGAGCAUCGCCCCAGACGUGGUUCCCAUUGGCCUCAAACUUCUCAUGGGCUCAAGCUGGAAGUCGGAGAAAGUGCAAGAACUGCUAUCAGCUUACUGCUGUUACAUCCCUUUUCUAGCAUUUAAUGGUAUAACGGAGGCCUUCGUAUCUGCGGCUAUCAGUCCUGCGGAUAUGCGGAAGCAAACAGCUUGGAUGACUGUUUUCACGUUGUGCUUUGGGGUGGCCUCCUUUUUGCUUCUUACGGUUGCAAAGCUCGGCGCAAUUGGUUUGGUCUGGGCAAACAUUAUUAACAUGUCAGUCAGGACAAUCUGGAGUCUUGUCUAUAUUCGAGGCUAUCUGCAGCAACAUGAUUCCCAACUCAAAAUCUCCGAUUUCAGCGCAAAUCCGCAGACAUUAAGCGUACUAGUUCUCGCGACUAGUCGCAAAUUGAUUGACUACCAGCCCUUCGGUGACGGCUUCUACGGCGUAUUGGCUACGCUUGGAUUUGCCACUGUAUAUGGAUUGUUGAUUCUAUUUCUAGAACGAGACUACAUAUUGGACCAGUAUAAGAAACAUAUCCGGGGUAGAUGAGAACUUUUGUACAUAUGGAAAAGUAGGAAUCUAAAAAGAAAAAGCAAAAAGAUGUCAUCAUAAGCCGUCUAAUCGUCAAAUGUGAUCUUGGUCGCGGAUUUGGUCUCGUCCACAUUCUUGAAGAAGGCACCGUAAGCAUCGUGCUGCUUCUUCUUGACAGUGGUACCGAACUUGAAGAGGGAAUCAGGAACAUCUUGUUUUGCUGCCUUCAAAACAUUGAUUAAC